AUGGCGUCGCCGCCCGCCCCAGAGCUCGCUGCAGCCCACGAACCGCCGCGUAAACCGGCCGAUACUACUGCGCAUGUCCACGCACAACCGCCGCCAAGUUCUCAGAGCGACACCAUUGAUAAUGACGGAGAUCUGCGCCGUCAAGUGGGUCGACUCGUGGUUGACACGCAGCAGACCAUCGACUCGAACCUGACACUUUUCCGCGUGGGGCUCCUCGUGACGGUGGCCGCGUCUAUCGCCGCCUCCGUGAAGCUCAGCGGUGUGCUGCACAAGGUUCGAAGUGUGGACGACCUUCCAUUGUGGCACUUUGCGCGGCGCAAGAAGCUGCGCGUGCGAAUGAUUCGCCAGUCGCGCCAGGACCCCAGCGUCUUCUACGUGUACCACACGCCGUUCGUGCGCCGCACAGUGCUGCGAGACGAGUUGCCGCCGAUCUUGACGGUCGGUGGUGAUGUCGAGAAGAAGGAGAAGGAGCUUCUGGCAAUCAGACCGUUCGGAGUGCAGGUGGAUGAGAGCUCCGAGGAGUGGGUCUGGUCCAACUUUGUGUCUUCGCACCGGUACAUGACAAUUCAACUGCUGCAGAGGAUCAAUGUGGAAGGGGGCGAGAGUGUGGCAACGUGUAACAUUGCGAUGGGGAGGCCACCUUUUGGUGGUGACUUUGCUCAAGAGUUGGUGUCACAUGGUUACGCCGAGUGCAUUCCGGAGAACCUUGAGAACUAUGACAACGGAUCUACAUGA